AUGCGUCAUUGUCGUUGUGCCUAUGAGAAAUCACUUGCAGACAUACAUCUCUACAUUUCCAUUUCAACAACUUCAAAUUCUAAUAGAUUACCCUUAUUCCCCUUUCCUCCACCCAUUAAUAUCACCCUCUACUUUUCUGUCUCUCAAUUCAGCAGCAUGCGGAUUUCAAUAUCUAUUAUCAAUUCCGACGUAGACGUCCCGUCAGAUUUCUUCGGCCUGGAAGUCGGUCCUGACAUGACUCUCAACGACAUCAAAGGUUUCGUCGAAGCCGAAAUCAACAUUCCUCCCGCCUCACAAUAUUUCUUCCAAGAUGGUCAACCAGUCACCGACACCUCCAUCAGCCUGUCGCAGAUGAACAUUCACGAAGGCGAUGUGGUAGCAAUGGGGAUUCAAGCGUCGAGGCCGCGGAGUCGCCCUGCUCAAGAUGAUCCCACACCACGCCCGGCGCAGCGAACAAGAAGUGGUAACGACCCAGAACAGUUGAGACUCCGUAUCUUGGGCGAUCCCGUUGUCAUGGCAGAAUGUCGAAGACAAGAUCCGGAACUGGCAGCUGCCAGCGCCGACCGACAACAAUUCCACCAACUUUGGAACAGAAGACAACGAGAAAUCGAGCAAGCUCAGCGAGAGAAAGAAGAGCAGAUUGCGCUAUUGGAAGCAGACUCAUUCAAUGUUGAAGCUCAGCGGAAGAUCGAGGAGUUUAUCCGGCAAGAGAGAGUGAACGAAAACAUACAGAAAGCCAUGGAAGAGAAUCCAGAGUCGUUUGGUAGAGUAACCAUGCUUUACAUCGACGUCGCUGUCAACAAUGUUCCCAUCAAAGCUUUUGUCGAUUCGGGGGCGCAAAGCACCAUCAUGUCCCCCGAGGCCGCCGAGCGAUGUGGGAUUUUGCGAUUGAUAGAUAAGCGAUUUGGCGGCAUAGCACGAGGUGUCGGUACGGCGAAGAUUCUGGGACGUGUUCACUCGGCCGAUAUUCAAAUUGGACAAUACAGCUUGGCCAGUAGCUUUACAGUGAUGGAAGGCAAAGAUGUCGACUUGCUUCUUGGUCUUGACAUGCUCAAAAGACACCAGAUGUGUAUUGAUUUACAAAAGAAUUGUCUGCGGGUCCAGAACGACGAAAUCCCUUUCUUACCGGAGAGCGAGAUUCCCAAGGUGAUGGAUGAGAUAUUGGAGAAGGAGCCCAAAGUCGAAGGUCCUGACGGAAGCACAAUUGGGGCCACUACUGGUACUCUCGAGCCGGCGGGGGCAUCGUCGUCAUCGAUUGGCAAUACAUCUCAGCCGAGGACAACGCCUUCGCAGCCGUCAUCUUCACAGGCGGCAGCUGGGUCCAGCAAUUUACAUGAACCACAGCCCAUCACUCAAGAAUCGAUCGCAAGGAUAACCGAAAUGGGAUUUACACGGGACCAGGCGAUUGCCGCUCUGAGAGAUGCCGGCGGCAAUCUCGAUAUAGCCCUGGGGAUCCUGAUGUUUUGA